CAGGAAAAUCAUCCCUGAGUUCAAACAAGCAAUGCAAUUCACACAUCCUCCUUACUUACAGAUCCUUGGGUAAACAAGGGUGGACGUGUUAGUAACAGUCGGACUUACUGGUUUAGGAAUUCUUUAGACAAAGAAUGACUAUCUAGGAAAUAAUUCUAGAUCCAGCUGCCUUGGUAACCACUUCCAAAACCUCAACUUUUGAAUAGUUUGUGAAUUGUUCAGGCAUUUUUCUCUUUCUUUGUGUCCCUUGUUUCUCUUGCUGGCAUAGUUUUGACGAGUUCACUGCUUCCCCGCCCCCCCUUCCCUUAAAACAAACAAACAAACAAACAAACAAAAAACAACUCUCCACAUCAAGGACUAAGCUGGGCAAGAGAAGAGAAAACCAGGGAAGUUGCCAGCAAUUUUGGAAAGAGUUCCUGCCACGCCUCUCACCGCCCCCUUCCUCUUUACAUCCUUACCCGGUAAAUUAGAAAUCGGCUUUCCUCUGGACUCCGUAAAAACUGAACGCUACCAUUUCGGGUGAUAACACACCGCGCCACCACCUCCCUCCCCACGCCGUACCCCUACUUUUAUCCGGAUUCACACGCGUCUUCUGUUUUGAGACUGUAGAAAGCCUGCGAGUGUUGUAAACACCUGACAGAGGGCAGGGGCGGCGCCCUAAGAUUUUACAGGACGCAGGUGGGGGCUGAAACUGCAGACGACACAGCAAGGAGAAACCUACAGAUGACUGCGCCCAGUUCCCGGUCUCUUCCUGUGUCCUGCUCUCGCCUUAAGCAGCCAAGAAGUGACUUCACAGAGAGUCAGACGCGAGGCCACCGGAGUUGGAGGCGUUCCCAUCUCAAAGGAGGAGGAGAGAGGUGGGCAGCCCAGGCUGAGCGAAGAGUUCAGAUCAGCGAACAGAAUAAUACCAGGCACACACUUUCACAGAUCUGCAAGAUAUUAAAGUGUCCAUUCCAUGGAAACUGAAACUGAGUCCCAGGAGGUUCACUACCAUGCUCCAGGUCUCAGAGCUAGUGAAUGGUGGAGCUGAGUUUCAAACCUGGCCUGUGACUCCAAAACCUCUGCAUAUAAACCUAGCAUGGUGGCACAGAAACCACCCCCACUAAAAGGACCUGGAUUUUGACAAUGUUCAGAUUUACACUAUAUCCCUUUCUGUUUUGGAUACACCACUGACCUCCAUUCUAGAAGACACAGAUAUAUUGCUUAAGCAAUCAAAGAUAUUAAACUAACCAUGAAGAAAAUUAUUAUCAAUACAUGGCACUCUUUUGUAAACAUGCGCAAUGUGAUUGUACCAGAUACUGAAAAGGAAAUAAGAAGGAUGGAAAAUGGAACAUGCAGCUCCUUUUCUGAUGACGAUGACAGUGCCUCUACAUUUGAUGAAUCAGAGGGUGAAAACCCCCAUGCAAGGGAUUCCUUUAGAAGUAAUACACACAGAAGGGGACAGCCAUCCCAGAGGGAGCAGUGCCUGCCUGGAGCCAUUGCACUUUCCAAUAUUAACAACAGCAGCAAUAAGGAGCAAGAACCAAAAGAAAAAAAGAAAAAGAAAAAAGAAAAGAAGAGCAAGCCAGAUGAUAAAAAUGAAAAUAAAAAGGACUCAGAGAAGAAAAAGAAGAAAGAAAAGGACAAAGAUAAGAAAAAGAAAGAGGAGAAAGGCAAAGAUAAGAAAGAGGAGGAGAAGAAGGAAGUUGCGGUUAUUGAUCCCUCUGGAAACAUAUAUUACAACUGGCUGUUUUGCAUCACCUUACCUGUCAUGUACAACUGGACCAUGAUUAUUGCAAGGGCAUGUUUUGAUGAACUUCAGUCUGAUUACCUAGAAUAUUGGCUCAUUUUUGAUUACUUAUCAGAUUUAGUCUAUCUUCUUGAUAUGUUUGUACGAACAAGGACAGGAUACCUAGAACAAGGACUGCUGGUGAAGGAAGAGCUUAAGCUCAUAGACAAAUAUAAAUCAAACUUUCAGUUUAAACUUGAUGUUCUAUCAGUGAUACCGACUGACCUGCUGUAUUUUAAGCUGGGCUGGAACUAUCCAGAAAUUAGAUUAAACAGACUGUUAAGGAUCUCUCGAAUGUUUGAGUUCUUCCAGAGAACAGAAACAAGGACAAACUACCCAAACAUCUUCAGGAUUUCUAACCUUGUUAUGUAUAUCGUUAUCAUUAUCCAUUGGAAUGCGUGUGUGUACUUCUCUAUUUCCAAAGCUGUUGGAUUUGGAAAUGAUACAUGGGUCUAUCCUGAUGUUAACGAUCCUGAGUUUGGCCGUUUGGCUAGAAAGUACGUAUACAGCCUUUAUUGGUCUACACUGACUUUGACCACCAUUGGUGAAACACCACCUCCUGUGAGGGAUUCUGAGUAUGUCUUUGUGGUAGCUGAUUUCCUAAUUGGAGUGUUAAUUUUUGCUACUAUUGUUGGUAACAUAGGUUCUAUGAUUUCCAACAUGAAUGCAGCCAGAGCAGAAUUUCAAGCAAGAAUUGAUGCGAUCAAGCAAUACAUGCAUUUUCGGAAUGUAAGCAAAGAUAUGGAAAAAAGAGUUAUUAAAUGGUUUGACUAUCUGUGGACCAACAAGAAAACAGUGGAUGAGAGAGAAGUCUUGAAGUAUCUACCUGAUAAACUAAGAGCAGAGAUUGCCAUCAGCGUUCACUUAGACACAUUGAAAAAGGUGCGCAUUUUUGCAGACUGUGAAGCUGGUCUGUUGGUGGAGUUGGUCUUGAAAUUACAACCCCAAGUCUACAGUCCUGGAGAUUACAUUUGCAAGAAAGGAGAUAUUGGACGAGAGAUGUACAUCAUCAAGGAAGGCAAACUCGCUGUGGUGGCGGAUGAUGGAAUCACUCAGUUUGUGGUAUUGAGUGACGGCAGCUACUUUGGUGAGAUCAGCAUCCUUAACAUUAAAGGCAGCAAAGCUGGCAAUCGAAGAACAGCCAACAUUAAAAGUAUUGGCUACUCAGAUCUGUUCUGUCUCUCAAAAGAUGACCUCAUGGAAGCUCUAACAGAGUACCCAGAUGCCAAAUGUAUGCUAGAAGAGAAAGGGAAGCAAAUCUUGAUGAAAGAUGGUCUAUUGGACAUAAACAUUGCAAAUGCUGGAAGUGAUCCUAAAGAUCUCGAAGAGAAGGUCACCCGAAUGGAGGGGUCAGUAGACCUCCUGCAAACAAGGUUUGCUCGGAUCCUGGCUGAGUAUGAGUCAAUGCAGCAGAAACUGAAGCAGAGACUAACCAAGGUUGAGCGAUUUCUGAAACCACUUAUUGACACAGAAUUUUCAGCUAUUGAAGGAUCUGGAGCUGAAAGUGGGCCCACAGACUCUACAUAGGACUAAAAAGCUGGUUAUUCAUGAGGACAUGCCUCACGGUCCUUUUUGUGAUGUGAUGAAGGCACCUGUAAGUUGGAAGAAGAGGAUCAUUCAGCUGGGAAAUUUUCUCAUAAGGAAAUGAUGCUUUGAUGCAGGACACAAGGCCAUACACUCACUUUUGAGGUACUGUGGCUAAAGAAUCAUCACAUUUAGAAUUUUUCAGAGUGAAUAACGUGCAAAGAUAUAAACCAAUUAACUUGUCAAUAUCUAUAUCUUCUGGUUUUUUCACAUAUGCUUAUUUUAUGUAACACUAUAAAAGUGAACAAGUACCCCUCAACUUAAGGCAUUUUCUGUUGUUGAGGAGCAAAGGGGAAUUACCAUGUACAUCAUGUUCAGGAUACUAUUUAAAAAAGAAUUAGA